AUGUCGUUCCACUCCUCAAGGCAUAAGCAUAAUACCUGGAGCGGCAAGCGAGGAAGUUUGGCAGAUUCGCUCCGGUGGCAUUUACGACUUGGACAUCCAGGGCCUCAGGCAAUCAAUCAUUUGGUGCUCAACGGGGUACGACUAAGAGGACCUCUUACCCAGAAAUGCGAAGCAUGCGCCCAAGUGAAAGCAAAAGGAAUUAUACAACGAUUCUCUCGUGAUAUAAUUAAAGCAGCAGGUGCACAAUUAUCAGUUGAUUUUCACGAUUAUGAGGAGAGUUCAAUCGACAAUUUAAAAACCCUCAUGUUGGUGACAUCCGAUAUACAGGAUUACUAUGGGAUUAUUACCUUCCAAAUCAUCAAGAUGGGACCAUUCUCACCGCAUUCAAGCACUUGUUUGGGAUGCUGGAAGGAUGUCACAUUCAAUGAGGAUGAGACGUUUGACGGAAACCUGGAUCGAUUGCGAGACGACCUACGAACUGUCAAUUUGGAAGAACUAGCCAAGUUAUUGCAAGAUGUUGAUGUCAGUGAGGAGGAGGUUAUAAGGAGCAGACCAGAGGCCAGAGACCUCCUUUCGACAGUGGUAAAUGAGCUCAUCAAUGUUCGGAAUAUCCUCACGCAAGACGAGGCACUAGGACGAGUGCCGAAUCGGGGCUUUGGAAGGGUUAUGACAACCUACGGGGCGCAGGAAGUUGAUAAAGAGGAAGCAACGGCGCACUGGCAAGGUUAUCUAACCCCUCCACCGACUCCACCUGCAGCACUGCUUGCAGCCUCAAUUCAGAGACCAAUCGACGAGGCUCCAAUGCCAAUCAAGGAGUAUGAAUCUUUUGCACCUUGGAAGGCGACCUUUAUCGCCGGUUCACGAUAUAAGCCAAUUGGAACGUUUGAGGGCAAAACGCUAGAGAGGGAAAGAAUAUUGAGGAAUCAAUCGGUCAACAGAAUACAGGACAAGAAAGAAAGUGAUCGCUCCAAGCUCCAAAAGCUGAUCAAACAAGAACAGUUACAUAAGAUUCACCGACGAGACCUACCUGACCCACCAAAAUGGCAUCGAGACUUGGAGACUCAUCCUCUAGGUGAGCAAUUUGCUCAAGCGGAGAGAGCUCAUUUACAGAGCCAUAUACCAAUGAACUCAUGGACCACAACUGACCGAUCUAUUGCCAAAGGCUCUCAGAUCCUUGAUUGUAUGUGGGUUUAUGUGUAUAAAUUUAACAAGCACGGAUAUCUGGUCAAGUGCAAAGCACGUCUGGUUGUCAGGGGUGAUCAGGAGAGAAGAGUGAAUCUUGAGAAUACGUACGUGGCAACUUUAGCUGCUCGAUCAUUUCGAACCUUUAUGGCAGUUGCUGCCAGAUUCGACCUGGGGAUCAAGCAAUAUGACGCAGUAAAUGCCUUUGUGCAUGCAUUACUGGAUUAG